AUGGUCCUCUCCUCUUCUUCUUCUUCUUCUUCUUCCUCCUCUUCCUCCUCUUCUUCCUCUUCCUCGCCCUGCGCCCGCCGCCUGGCCCGCGGCUCUCCGUCGGCGCUGUUCGUGGCGCUCUCGGUGCUUCUCCUCCAGAGCCUGGUGGUCUGGAAUUUCAGCGGCCUCGAGGAGCGCGCGCGGCGGGAGGAGCCCGGGCCCUUAGCCGGAGGCUUCCGGAGCAGCAGCAGCAGCAGCAGCAGCAACAGCCGGCAGCGGAGGGAGAAGCGCAGCCCCGGGGCCCGCGCGGGGAAGGCCCAGGACCAACCUCUCAAUCCUUACAAAGGCUUAGAAACCCAGGACGGCUACCUGUCCCACAGGCCCAAGGAGAAAACGCGGACAGACAGCAACAAUGAAAACUCAGUUCCCAAGGACUUUGAAAACAUGGACAAUAGCAACUUUGCUCCCAGGACGCAGAAGCAGAAACACCAGCCGGAACUGGUGAAGAAGUCCGUGAGUAGACAGAAGGAGCGCUUGAGGAGGAAGCUGGAGCAGGAGGAGAAGGCCAAGGAGAAAAAUCCCAACGAGGUUCUGCGGGAGGGCCACCCGAUCCCACGGAAGGACACCCACCCCUCGGCCCGGGAGCACCCGUGGAAGCCGGGGGGAAACGGCUCCCCGGAACCGGGAUACGAGCCAUCCUGGCCCAAGUGCGAGAUCUCGGGCAAGGAGGCGCUCUCCGCGCUGUCCAGAGCCAAGUCCAAGCCGUGCCGGCAGGAGAUUGCAGAGACGUACUGCAGGCACAGGCAAGGGAAGCUCAUGCCGGAACAAGUGACGCGGCUCUGCCCACUCCAAGGCAAAGCCAGCAACAACGUCCAGUGGGAUGAAGACUCCGUCGAAUACAUGCCGGCCAACCCCGUCCGGAUCGCCUUUGUCUUGGUUGUCCAUGGCAGAGCGUCUCGGCAACUGACACGCAUGUUUAAGGCUAUUUACCACAGAGACCAUUUUUACUACAUUCAUGUUGACAAGCGUUCCAAUUACCUGCAUCGGCAAGUGCUCCAGUUUGCAAGCCAGUAUCCCAAUGUGAGAGUCACGUCUUGGCGCAUGGCAACUAUCUGGGGAGGAGCAAGCCUGUUGUCCACUUACCUGCAAAGCAUGCAGGACCUCUUGGAGAUGAAAGACUGGCAGUGGGACUUCUUCAUCAACCUCAGUGCUGCCGACUAUCCCAUCAGGACAAAUGAUCAGCUCGUCGCCUUCCUGUCCCGAUAUCGAGAUAUGAACUUCUUGAAGUCACAUGGAAGAGAUAACGCAAGGUUCAUUCGAAAACAAGGUCUGGACCGGCUUUUCCUGGAGUGCGACACCCACAUGUGGCGCCUCGGGGACCGCAAGAUCCCAGAAGGCAUCGCUGUCGACGGCGGUUCGGACUGGUUUCUGCUGAACAGGAAGUUUGUGGAAUACGUCACGUUUUCCAACGACGACCUGGUGACGAAGAUGAAGCGGUUCUACUCGUAUACUUUGCUUCCGGCUGAAUCUUUCUUCCACACGGUCCUGGAGAACAGCCCUCAUUGUGACUCCAUGGUGGACAACAACCUGCGCAUCACCAACUGGAACCGCAAGCUGGGCUGCAAGUGUCAGUACAAGAACAUUGUGGACUGGUGUGGCUGCUCUCCAAACGACUUCAAGCCGGCCGAUUUCCACCGGUUCCAGCAAACGGCGAGGCCGACCUUCUUUGCGCGCAAAUUUGAGGCGGUGGUGAAUCAAGAAAUCAUCGGCCAGUUGGAUUCCUACUUGUACGGCAACUAUCCCUCCGGGAUGCCCGGCCUGCGGUCCUACUGGGAGAACGUCUACGACGAACCCGACGGCACCCACAGCAUCAGCGACGUUGCACUGAGCAUGUACCACUCGUUUUCCCGUUUGGGCCUCCGGAGAGCGGCAACCUCGUUCCACACCAACGGCGACAACAGCUGCCGGUACUACGCAAUGGGGCACCCCAUUUCCGUCCACCUCUACUUCCUUGCGGACCAUUUCCAGGGUUUCCUCGUCCGGCACCAUGCCACCAACCUGGCGGCCAGUCGGCUUGAGACCUUAGAGACGUGGGUGAUGCCCAAGAAAGUGUUCAAAAUUGCAAGUCCGCCGAGCGAUUUUGGAAGGCUGCAGUUCACAGAGAUCGGAACAGAUUGGGAUGCCAAAGAGCGGAUUUUCCGGAAUUUUGGGGGCAUCCUCGGGCCAAUGGACGAGCCCGUCGGUAUGCAGAAGUGGGGGAAAGGCCCCAACGUCACCGUCACCGUCAUUUGGGUGGACCCCGUGAACGUCAUUGCAGCGACUUACGACAUCCUGAUCGAGUCCAGCGCGGAGUUCACUCACUACAAGCCGCCGUUGAAUCUGCCUCUCCGGCCCGGGAUCUGGACGGUGAAAAUCCUGCACCAUUGGGUUCCGGUGGCCGAAACCAAGUUCCUCGUCUCUCCUCUGGCGUUUUCCAACAGGCAAGCCAUCAGGCAAGAAGAAGCCCGGCGGCUGCACGGUGGGCCCCCCAAGAACGCCUACAUGGAGCAGAGCUUCCAAGGCCUGAACCCGGUUCUGAGCAUCCCCAUCAACCCCGCGCAGGUCGAGCAGGCGGCAAGGCACGCGGGGCUGGACGGCACGAGGCUGGAGGGCUGGCUGGACGCCCUGGCCGGAGCGCUGUGGUCGGCGGGCGGCGUCUGCAGCGCGGGCCCCACCUCCUGCCCGGUCCUGCAGCCUUGCAGCCAAACGCCCUGGAGCUCGUUCAGCCCGGACCCCAAGUCCGAACUGGGCCCCGUGAAGCCCGACGGGCGCCUGAGGUAGCACCCGUUGCGCCUGAAAGGGAUUCGAACUCCGGGCUCUUGCGUGGCGCUGGCUGCACUUCCGCGUCUCCCUUGACUUGGGUCGGUUUUACCAGGAAAGACCUGCAGUUGGAUGUGUUCUCAUGGCCGGAAUCACUGGCCAUGUUCCAGCAGCACUCUCUCCUGACGUUUCGCCCACAUCUAUGGCAGGCACCCUCAGAGGUUGUGAGGUCUGUUGGAAACUAGGCCAGUGAGGUUUAUCUAUCUGUGGAAUGAUGUCCAGGGCGGGAGAGAGAAAGAACUCUUUAUCUGUGUGAAUUGAUUCAGUUGGCCACCUUGAUUAGCAUCGAAUGGCCUUGCAGCUUCAAAGUCUGGCUGCUUCCUGCCUGGGGGGGGGGUAUCCUUUAAAGUGUGAAACGUUACAAUUGGUCACCUUGAUUAGCAUUGAUUGGCCUUGCAGUAUCAAAGUCUGGCUGCUUCCUGCCUGAGGGGUAUCCUUUAAAGUGUGAAACGUUGCCAUUGGCCACCUUGAUUAGCACUGAAUGGCCUUGCAGCUUCAAAGCCUGGCUGCUUCCUGACUGGGGGGCAUCCCUUAAAGUGUGAAACGUUGCCAUUGGCCACCUUGAUUAGCAUUGAUUGGCCUUGCAGCUUCAAAGCCUGGCUGCUUCCUGCCUGGGGGGGGGGUAUCCUUUAAAGUGUGAAACGUUGCCAUUGGCCACCUUGAUUAGCAUUGAUUGGCCUUGCAGUAUCAAAGUCUGGCUGCUUCCUGCCUGGGGGGUAUCCUUUAAAGUGUGAAACGUUGCCAUUGGCCACCUUGAUUAGCACUGAAUGGCCUUGCAGCUUCAAAGCCUGGCUGCUUCCUGACUGGGGGGCAUCCCUUAAAGUGUGAAACGUUGCCAUUGGCCACCUUGAUUAGCAUUGAAUGGCCUUGCAGCUUCAAAGCCUGGCUGCUUCCUGCCUGGAGGGAGGGGUAAUCCUUUGUUGGGAGGUGUUAGCUGCCGACACAGAGAAGCCACUGAAAUCCGCAAGCAUGUGGACAAUUUCAACAGAAAGGAGGAAACCAUGAAAAUAAACACCACCUGGAUCCCAGUAUUUAAAAACUCCAGAAUCAGGACAGUAAAUAAAGAACAACAUUCAGUAAAGAAGGGAAUUCCAGACAGGAAAUAAUCAGGGCCAGCUAACACCUCCCAAGGAGCCCCCGGUAGUGCAGUGUGUUAAAGCGCUGAGCUGCUGAACUUGCGGACCGAAAAGUCGCAGGUUCAAAUCCGGGGAGCAGGGUGAGCUCCCGCUGUUAGCUCCAGCUUUUGCCAACCUAGAAGUUAGAAAACAUACAAAUGUGAGUAGAUGAAUAUGUACUGCUCCAGCAGGAAGUUAACUCUGUGCAGUCAUGCCAGUGGCUACAUGACCUUGGAGGUGUCUACGGACAACGCCGGCUCUUUGGCUUAGAAAUGGAGAUGAGCACCAACCCCCAGAGUCGGACACGACUGGAUUUAACGUCAGGGGAAACCUUUACCUAACACCUUCUAACAAAGGAUUCCCCCAGGCAGGAAGCAGCACAGGCUUUGAAGCUGCAAGGCCAUUCAGUGCUAAUCAAGGUGACCAAUUGCAACAUUCACACUUGCCUCAAACAGACGAGAGUUCUUUUCUCCACCCUAGACAUAUAUAAACCCCACUUGCCUAGUUUUCCAACAGACCUCACAACCUCUGAGGAUGCCUGCCACAGAUGUGGGCGAAACGUCAGGAGGGAAUGCUGCUGGAACAGGGCGAUACAUCCCCGAAAACUUACAGCAGCCUACAACACACAAUGAAACAGGAAAUCACACUUUUAAACCAGGAACGGAACCUUUUUUGCAAAAUGCGUUACAAUAGUGACUCCCUUGCAAACAACCUGUCAUGACUCCCUUCCUUCUCUUCCUGCGAAUUCAAGUUUUUUUGGAACGAGGAAGAGAGAAGACGGAAGCAGAUUUUAAAAUUGUGUCUUUUCGUAGCACAAAUGUAGCAUCGCUGAAUUUGAAAAUCCCAUCCCAUCGAUUCCCAGCUCUUUGCAGUAUUAUUUCACAAAAAUGACCUGAUGGCGAAAGCUGAAAUUUGCCAUCACUUUCCAAAGCGUUUCUCAUAGAAAACAUCUAGGCCAAGCCGGAAUUUCAGCCGCAGGAUACAGGGCGGUCCCAUUUUCUCAUUAUUAUUAUUAUUAUUAUUAUUAUUAUUAUUACUUUUUAAAGCCUCUCCUCAACCCACUAAUAUUUGCUCUUAGACCCAUAGCUCCAUACAAUGUAUUCCGGGAGAGUUUAUCUCCGGGGAUUACAGUAUAGAGGCAAACAUUCAAUGCCUUUUACACAAAGUGACAGUUGGAGCCAGGGAGCCAGGAAAUUUUUGUUCAGUUUAGGGUUUGGAAAUCAGUCUGUUAGGAGUUGGUUUUUGGAAUUCAUUCAGCUGGGAACUGUGUUUUGAAAAGGAAGCCUCUUUGAGGAAAUAUAGUUAAAGUCUUCAGGAAAGGAAGGGCUGAGAAGAACUAUAUUGGUGAACUCUAUAGUGAACAACAACAAACAUUCAAUGCCUUUUACACAAAGUGACAGUUGGAGCCAGGGAACCAGGACAUUUUUGUUCAGUUUAGGGUUUGGAAAUCAGUCUGUUAGGAGUUGGUUUUUGGAAUUCAUUCAGCUGGGAACUGUGUUUUGAAAAGGAAGCCUCUUUGAGGAAAUAUAGUUAAAGUCUUCAGGAAAGGAAGGGCUGAGAAGAACUAUAUUGGUGAACUCUAUAGUGAACACAACAACAUACAAUGCCUUUUACACAAAGUGACAGUUGGAGCCAGGGAGCCAGGGAAUUUUUGUUCAGUUUAGGGUUUGGAAAUCAGUCUGUUAGGAGUUGGUUUUUGGAAUUCAUUCAGUUGGGAACUGUGUUUUGAAAAGGAAGCCUCUUUGAGGAAAUAUAGUUAAAGUCUUCAGGAAAGGAAGGGCUGAGAAGAACUAUAUUGGUGAACUCUAUAGUGAACACAACAACAUACAAUACUCAGACGAAGGUAAAGGCCUUCCCCUUUCAUCUCCGACAUCUGGAGGCAAUACUCAACUCCAGCCACGGCAAAACCAGGUAACAAGAAAUAGGUGGAUUCCCAGCUACAGCGGCGGGACUCUAAAUCUGGUGAACCCGACGGCUUUCUGAUCUAUUUUCUCACCAUCUUCUUUGGUUCAAAGCAAUUCCCGUUUGCUUUGGACUUUGGAAAUUAUGGCAUCAGCUGUACUGGCUUGAAGGCAGAGCUGUAGACGUUGAGCUGGCACUAGGUAUUUAUUUCUGUUCUAGUCAAUUCCCAGCCAAAAUGCCAAGCAUUUAAGGAUGAAGAGAGUUGUUGUCCAAGAGGAUACAGGCUCCAAGGAUCAGGAACUGGAUAAACCGAGUUUCCCAUUGUUCGAAAAAUAGAAGUGCGGGCUCUAUAUCCAAGCUGGAGCAGCAUUUCUUAUAUUUCAAGUUGUCCUAUCCAUCCGUCCAUAGCUCUAUUCUGGUAUUCAGAAUAUAGUAAAUAAUAAUAAUAAUAAUAUUUUUGUGUGUGUGUCCGGAGUGACUUGAGAAACUGCAAGUUGCUUCUGGUGUGAGAGAAUUGGUCAUCUGCAAGGAUGUUGCCCAGGGGACAUUGCCUGGAUGUUUUGAAGUUUUUACCAUCCUGUUGGAGGCUUCUCUCAUGGCCCUGCAUGGGGAGCUGGAGCUAACAGAGGGAGCUCAUCUGUGCUCUCCCCGGAUUCGAACCACCGAUCUUUCAGCCAGCAGUGCUGCCAGCACAAGGGAGCAUAAGGGGGUUCCAAAUUAUUAUUAUUAUUAUUAUUAUUAUUAUUAUUAUUAUUAUUAUUAUUUCUGUUUCUGUUUUUUUCUGAAUUUCUGUUUCUAAUUUUCCGCAAAGCUUUAGAUCAUCCAUGUACAGCAAGUGGGAAAUUUUUGGUGAAUUGAUUUAUUGGUAGCCCAGGUUUGUUUUCUGUAGAAUUACUGACAGAGGGACCAUUGCAGUGAUGAACAGCCGUGGUGAUAGUGAGUCGCCCUGGAAAAUUCCUCUCUGGAUGUUAACAGUUCCAUAGCUUUCGUUGCCCACGAACAACUCAAGCUUUCCAUUGUUUCAUUGCAAAUAAUAAUAAUAAUAAUGAUAUUUAUGUUAACAGUUCCAUAGCUUUCGUUGCCCACGAACAACUCAAGUUUUCCAUUGUUUCAUUGCAAAUAAUAAUAAUAAUAAUAAUAAUAAUAUUUAUGUUAACAGUUCCAUAGCUUUCGUUGCCCACGAACAACUCAAGUUUUCCAUUGUUUCAUUGCAAAUAAUAAUAAUAAUAAUAAUAAUAUUUAUGUUAACAGUUCCAUAGCUUUCGUUGCCCACGAACAACUCAAGCUUUCCAUUGUUUCAUUGCAAAUAAUAAUAAUAAUAAUAAUAUUUAUGUUAACAGUUCCAUAGCUUUCGUUGCCCACGAACAACUCAAGUUUUCCAUUGUUUCAUUGCAAAUAAUAAUAAUAAUAAUAAUAAUAUUUAUGUUAACAGUUCCAUAGCUUUCGUUGCCCACGAACAACUCAAGUUUUCCAUUGUUUCAUUGCAAAUAAUAAUAAUAAUAAUAAUAAUAUUUAUGUUAACAGUUCCAUAGCUUUCGUUGCCCACGAACAACUCAAGUUUUCCAUUGUUUCAUUGCAAAUAAUAAUAAUAAUAAUAAUAAUAAUAUUUAUGUUAACAGUUCCAUAGCUUUCGUUGCCCACGAACAACUCAAGUUUUCCAUUGUUUCAUUGCAAAUAAUAAUAAUAAUAAUAAUAAUAAUAAUAUUUAUGUUAACAGUUCCAUAGCUUUCGUUGCCCACGAACAACUCGUUUUCCAUUGUUUCAUUGCAAAUAAUAAUAAUAAUAAUAAUAAUAUUUAUGUUAACAGUUCCAUAGCUUUCGUUGCCCACGAACAACUCAAGUUUUCCAUUGUUUCAUUGCAAAUAAUAAUAAUAAUAAUAAUAAUAAUAAUAAUAGGCUAUAUUUAUAUUCUGCCCUUCUCCCCUCGGGGACUCAGAGCAGAUUUCAGCAUUUACAGCAGACAUAGGCAAACAUUCAAUACCUUUAUCUUUCUUUCUUUUUCGUAUCAGGAGCAACCGGAGUUGCUUUAAUACCUUUAUAAUCACACUAGCUGUGCCCGGCCACGCGUUGCUGUGGUGAAGUAUGGUGGUAUGGGAAAUAAAGUAUUGAGGAAUUGGUGGUAGUUAAGGUAAAGGGUCCCCUGGGCUGUGUGGGUUGCUGGGAGACCAAGUGAACAGAGCUUAGCCUUCUAACUGGCAGCAAUUGGAUAAAAACAAUUCUUCCUCUCCCUCUAAUUAGGACUUUAUUUUUCUUUUCUUUUUGUUGUAUCAACCUAGAGGCAUGGAUGAGGGGUUGUGCUGGCAAGUUUCGAGGUUGUGGGGUGUUUACUUUUGUUGUUUUGUCCGCUGCCGUGAUGCCAUCACUCUUUUAUAUAUAUAGAUGCAAUGAGACACACAGACACAAACGAAGGCAAAGGCUUCCCCUUUCAUCUCCGCCUUUCUGGAGGCAGUGGCCAACUCUGGCCAUGGGGUACCUAUUGAUUUACUCACAUGCUAGGUUGGCCGGAGCUAGGACUAACAGCAAGAGCUCACCCCGACCCGUGGUCAGCAGAUUCAACAGUUCAGUGGUUGAACCCAUUGCACCGCCACAACCCCUACAUCCACCAGGACCCCUUUUCCCCCUUUUCGGUACACACAUCCCGAUUCUUUCCCGUUUUCCCUUGAUUACCUUCUUUUGCUCACGAGUGUGACCAAAGGUGCUACCUCACUAAUACUUGCAAACGCCGGAAAGGAAACAAGAAUGGGGAGGAAGGAAGGACAAAUCUCCUCUGAAAUGAAUGUACAAUCUAUGCAAAUUCUAUUUCUCUCUUUCUUUCUCUCUCGGUAAUUAAAAGGAAAAAAAAAAGAUGAAGAAAGAAAACGUAUUAAGUAUUAGACUCGUAACCUUGCCAAAUAAACAGCAAGAUACUGUACAGGUGCCUCUGAUCGCAGAGCCGUUUUAAUACCCGGCGCAGUUCGUUUGUGCCGCCUUUGUAUAUUAUAAAUGACGUGUCUUUGAUUCUGUUUGUGGUUCGAAUCCCCCUUGAUGGACACAAGGGGAUCCCAUCGCUUGUAAGAACAGCGCCUUCCGUUUUGCUGAGAAUAUCGAUGCCAGGUGAGGUAGGACCCAGAAGAUGCCACCGACAAGAACAAAGGACCAACUCCUCGUUCCAGAGGUUAAAUCCUAUGUAGGCGGUUGGUUGGUUGCGAGAUUUCGCUAUAUGCACAGAUGUCUAUUAUAUACAGCAAAAAGGAAAACAAAAAAGGAAAAGUAUGGUAUAUAAUAUACUAGCUGUGCCCAGCCACGGGUUGCUGUGGCGAAGUAUGGUGGUAUGGGAAAUAAAGUAUUGAGGAAUUGGUGGUAGUUAAGGUAAAGGGUCCCCUGGGCUGAGUGGGUUGCUAGGAGACCAAGUGCUUAGCCUUCUAACUGGCAGCAAUUGGAUAAAAACAAUUAUUCCUCUCCCUCUAAUUAGGACUUUAUUUUUCUUUUCUUUUUGUUGUAUCAACCUAGAGGCAUGGAUGAGGGGUUGUGAUGUCAAUUUUCGAGGUUGUGGGGUGUUUACUUUUGUUGUUUUGUCCGCUGCCGUGAUGCCAUCACUCUUUUAUAUAUAUAGACUUUAAAGUAAGUUAUAGUUCUAUAUUUCCUCAAGUGAUAUAACCACAUAUAUUAUUAUGAUUGUAAUAUCAGUUUAUAUUUUCCAACUGUACAGAUAAGUACAUAUUUCAAUGUCCAAUUUUAACAAAUAUAAUCUUGAUAAUGUUCUCAGGGUUUGUAAUACUCUUCUUCAAAAUCGAUCAUUCAAAGUAAAUCAAAGUUCCAUGUCAAUAGUAACUCAUUCAAAGUAAAUCAAAGUUCCAUGUCAAUAGUAACUCAUUCAAAGUAAAUCAAAGUUCCAUGUCAAUAGUAACUCAUUCAAGGUAAAUCAAAGUUCCAUGUCAAUAGUAACUCAUUCAAAGUAAAUCAAAGUUCCAUGUCAAUAGUAACUCAUUCAAAGUAAAUCAAAGUUCCAUUGUCAAUAGUAACUCAUUCAAGGUAAAUCAAAGUUCCAUUGUCAAUAGUAACUCAUUCAAAGUAAAUCAAAGUUCCAUGUCAAUAGUAACUCAUUCAAAGUAAAUCAAAGUUCCAUUGUCAAUAGUAACUCAUUCAAGGUAAAUCAAAGUUCCAUUGUCAAUAGUAACUCAUUCAAAGUAAAUCAAAGUUCCAUGUCAAUAGUAACUCAUUCAAAGUAAAUCAAAGUUCCAUGUCAAUAGCAACUCAUUCAAAGUAAAUCAAAGUUCCAUUGUCAAUAGUAACUCAUUCAAAGUAAAUCAAAGUUCCAUGUCAAUAGUAACUCAUUCAAAGUAAAUCAAAGUUCCAUGUCAAUAGUAACUCAUUCAAGGUAAAUCAAAGUUCCAUAUCAAUAGUAACUCAUUCAAAGUAAAUCAAAGAUCCAUGUCAAUAGUAACUCAUUCAAGGUAAAUCAAAGUUCCAUGUCAAUAGUAACUCAUUCAAAGUAAAUCAAAGAUCCAUGUCAAUAGUAACUCAUUCAAGGUAAAUCAAAGUUCCAUGUCAAUAGUAAUUUAUUCAAAGUAAAUCAAAGUUCCAUGUCAAUAGUAACUCAUUCAAAGUAAAUCAAAGAUCCAUGUCAAUAGUAACUCAUUCAAGAUAAAUCAAAGUUCCAUGUCAAUAGUAACUCAUUCAAAGUAAAUCAAAGAUCCAUGUCAAUAGUAACUCAUUCAAGGUAAAUCAAAGUUCCAUGUCAAUAGUAAUUUAUUCAAAGUAAAUCAAAGUUCCAUGUCAAUAGUAAUUUAUUCAAAGUAAAUCAAAGUUCCAUGUCAAUAGUAACUCAUUCAAAGUAAAUCAAAGUAACAUGUCAAUAGUAACGACUGGUCUCCCGGGUAUGCAUCCAGUUUUGGUGAAUGAGUUACUAUUGACAUAGAACUUUGAUUUACUUUGAAUGAUCGAUUUUGAAGAAGAGUAUUACAAACCCUGAGAACAUUAUCAAGAUUAUAUUUGUUAAAAUUGGACAUUGAAAUAUGUACUUAUCUGUACAGUUGGAAAAUAUAAACUGAUAUUACAAUCAUAAUAUAUGUGAUUAUAUCACUUGAGGAAAUAUAGAACUAUAACUUACUUUAAAGUAUAUUAUAUACCACACUUUUCUUUUCUUUUUUUCCCUUUUUGCUGGUUGAGAGAUUUCCCUAUGGGUAAAUCCGUUGGUUGGCCGGGACUCGUUCCAACUGGACCUGGACUAUUCCAUGCCGUGGCAUCCUAUGAGUUGCCCUGUUUAGAGAAAGCCUUAAGUUCCUUCAUUGUCUUUUCAAUGUGGCCUUAAAACCGUAUUUGGAAAUUUGAGCUGUUGUAUGUUCUGUCUCUCUCAACUAUGGUCAAAUGUAUUAAAAAACAAAAGCACCUUGA